AUGUUGGAAGACUUCAAUCGCUUGUGCGGAUGCCGACUGUUUACUAUUGGAAUUUUUCUGCUCUUCGUCGAUCUUCUUGUGGUACUUUCGUGUUCGAGUUUUUCAGUGAUUUUUUUUUCUAUCCUUCGAGGUGUAGUUUUUCAUUGUUUUAGUGUGGUUAUAUUGGGAAAUUCAUUCGAGAAGUGCGAAUUUUAUCGACUUUGUGUGAUAUUCGUGUUUUUGUGUGGAACGUGGUUUUUUUUCGUGGUGUGAUUUUUAUCCCAGUGUUGCUGAUUAAUUUAUUUCACCCUGUUGUUUGGAUUUAUCAUUUUUUUGUGCGUGACUGGAAAACAAAUAGCUGCUGUUAAAUCGUAUGGAAGAAACAGUGGAAUGAAAUUGUACUCAGCAAUAAAGAACAACAGCAAUUCGACCCUCAACCUACUGUGGUCAAAUACUCCUUUGGAAACAUGUACAUAACCGCUGGAAGUUCUGAUAUAUUGUCGGUCUUCUUUAUCCAGUUGAUUAUUUCAGUUACUCCAAUUGUUGCCGAUGUCGGUAUACUUUUCGUAAAAUCUCCGGAACCGUUUGCUGGUCCGCUCCGGGACGACGUUUUUUUCGACUGCUCGUUAAACUUACCGGCGGAGGCGAUCAGAUGGCGUCAUGGUCGGAAAUAUAUUCAACAAAAUCGUACAACGUCUUCUCGAACAUCUACCACCAAUCAGCUUACUAUUAAAUUAGACGAUGAAACGCAGCUGGGAGAUUACCAGUGUGUGGCGUACUUUGGAGCUUCGGCGAUCGCCUCGGUGCCGGCUAAGCUGUCUCUGGCUGAGAUGAAACCUUUCCCUCACCAGCCGGAGAAACAUUACAAAGUGACCGCUGGAAACAUGGUGUCGAUAUUUUGCCCGCCUCCGGUGAGCAAUCCCAGCGCCGUGAUUCAAUAUUACCGCAAUGAUAAGAAAAUAUCGUCGCAGCAUUCUCGAAUUCUACCCACCUCGAGUAGUUUACUAUUGCAGAAUGUCUCGGAACAAGAUUCCGGCGUUUAUACAUGCUCGGCGACCAAUUACAUCACCAGCCAGACAUUCAAUGCGCCUUUCCGAGUCAUAUUGGAAGUAGUACCUAGUCGUUCGGUGCCUCAAUACCCGCCCAAGUUCUUAUCCUCUCCUCAGACUAAUUACGUAGUUCAAAGUGGCUCGAACGUGACAAUAGAAUGUGUAGCUGUUGGCGAGCCGCCACCUCGUGUUACUUGGUACAAAGCCGGCGUUACGCAGGCUCUGCCCAAAAAUCGUACAGAUUUGUUGGUCGGCGGUCUGCAUUUGAGGAAUAUUGUACCCGAAGAUACCGGAGAAUAUGUUUGUGAAAUGAAUAAUGGCGUUUCGCCGCCUCUGCAGCAUAAAGUCCUUUUACAUAUUCAUGAGGCUCCGGUCAUAUUGAAAGAACCGAAUAAAACGCAGGUCGAAGAACACGGUAACACCGAAUUAUCGUGCGAAGUUUCCGGUAACCCUAUUCCAACUGUUACGUGGACUUUGAACGCAGAACCUUUGACGAACGACGAAUACUUCACUAUUUCGAGUUCUAAGAUUACGAUACGAAAAGUUCAAAAGAUACAUGCCGGUAUAUAUCAGUGUUUUGCUCAGAAUAGUGUUGGAACCACGUAUGGUGCAGCUUGGCUACAAGUUAUUCCUAAACAGAUCAUAGCCAAUGGUACUGAUAUUUUCGAGCAGGAAGAAGGUUGGAACGAAGGUGGUCGUAACAAUCGAUCAGGAAUGCCAGGUAAUCACAACGGUCACCAUAAUGGUAAAAAGGAACGCCAAAGGAAGAAUAAAUCUAAACGAAAAUACAAAGAGAAUGAAAUCAUGGUACCGCCUACCAGACCUAACGUAACACGAUUAUCAGAUAGAUCUGUGAUGGUUCGAUGGCACGUGCCUCCGAAUAGCGGUCUGAAGAUAUUAUUUUUCAAAGUCCAAUACAAAGAAGUCAGCAAUAACGAUACCGGUAAAGGUAGAUCAGGCAAUAGUCGUUGGAUGACCAGUAAUGAAGAUAUACCACCUCAUAUUCGUUCCUAUGAAGUGGAUAGAUUAGAAACCAAUCGUUACUAUAAAUUCCGAGUAGCUGCGGUAUACGAGAACAACGACAAUAAAUUGAGUAAAAAUUCGAAUAAAUUCUUCCUCCACCAAGGAGUACCCACAGAUCGAAGUCGUUUCGGCGCACCUACGUUUAUAAAUUCCGAAGCUCUGUCUUCAACCAGUAUACAAAUCCAGUGGCAGUAUUCGAAUACCGCAUCAACUCCAGUCGAUGGCUUUUACGUGUAUUAUCGAGCGACAAGCAAUGCGGGCGAUUACAUAAAAGCCACCGUAGAAGGAGAAAAAACAAACUCCUUUGUCAUAACGCAUUUGCAACCUGAUACCUCAUACGAUAUUAAAAUUCAAUGCUUUACUGUCGGAGCGGCUUCUGACUUUAGUACAAUUAUUACUCGUAAAACUUUAGCUGAUCCAACGUCUACGACAACCGAAAAUGCUAGUCGGGGUGAUCUGAAGACACCUAAUGUUAGUAUUUUACCUGCUACAUCUUCCAGUACGUUCCAGUUGAUGCUUGUAUUCGGAGGUAUUCUUGGCGGCUUGGUGAUCAUAUUCAUGAUCUUCGUGUUGGUUUGCUUCCUUAAGCAAAGAUCGCCUAAUGAUCAUUCCAGUGAUGAAGAAAACACCCCCGACAAGAACACCGACAACAUAAUGACAAUCCAUCAAGUCGAACCGGUCACCAUGAACGGAUACGCUAAUCACAACAACCACAACAACCAUAAAAUAAUGAACGGCAGUUUAAAAUCGUGUACACGUAAUGGCUACAUCACACCUCACCCACCUAUCAACAUCACCAAUAAUCCACUGGCGCCGGAGUCCAAACACGAGAAAAAUACCAUGGAGAUGUCGUAUCUCUCCAGGCAUAAUAACAAUUGCCCUAUGGACGGCUGCGUCGAUUUAGACGGAGAUUGCGGUAGAGAGGUGAAGUUAAGCAUAGACCGGACUAAGUGGAAAUUAAGAGAACAAAGGCCCGGCGAAAAAUACGUAUAGUUUAAUUUUUUUUUUGAAAAAUGUUCCUCUUUUAUUGGUUAAAGUUUUUUUUUUUAAAUUGCGAUUAAAAUCGUAAAUCAUGGGAUCGCGUUCCAUGUCAAAAAACGUUUCUCAUUUUUGAUUCCUACCGUUGUACCUAUAUUGUAAUUAGAUAUUCGUUAUUAAUUAAGCUGUGUAAUGUGUACCUAGACGUUUUUUUUUUAUUAUUUUAUUUUAAUAUCGCUACUCUGUUCGAUGAGGUGCUAAAACCAUAAGGUGAUCGGUUCGAAAGUGUUUGUUUUUUUUAAGCCGGAGUAGGUGGAGCUGUGCCAAGUUGGACUUGGAUCAUGUUACUUUAUGCGUUGUGUCGUGUAUUACGUCGACGUUUGUGUUCAUUUUUAAUUUCUUUUCUUUCUUUUCUCUUUUAUUCGUUCGUAGAAUCGUUUUUAUAAUUUUUUUGUAUUUUUUUAUUCUGCGAGGCAAUCUUAUAAAUCAAUCCGCCGUUUUGUAAAGACUGAAUGAUAAUUUGUAACUACUUUUAUUCGACUAGCAUUACGCUUAUAAUUUUUUUUUCCCUCUUAAUGAUGCAUUUCAUUUCACAACAAUAGUCUAGAUGACCGUUCGUAUGUCGCGCGAUUUUUUUUAUUCACAAACGAUUAGUGCCAUAAGCGUUGCACUUUUUAGUUACGUAAUAUUACUUAGGUUUUAUUUUUCUGUGAGGUUUAUAUUCUUUCGUAUAUAAUUUGUAAUUUCUCUGUUUCUUUGUAUAGUUCUUCGGAAGUUGAAUAUUGUGAUCUUCAUUUGUGUGAUAUUUGUAUGUUAAGGUAUUUUGUAGAUAAAAAAUGUAUUACAAUUUUACAAACUAAUUUUUUCCAUGUAUAUGUAUAAUAUGUAGUACUUAUUAACUAAAUAAUGUGUGUGUUUUGAUUA